GCUGUAAUGAAACCUCAUCAAAUCAAAGAAAGGAAAAAAUGGAACUUGUAAUAUGUGCACGGAGAGAGGAAAACUGGAAAAAAAUAUAAAGCGAAAGUGUUUUGAGUAGUGGAGUCCACAACUUUCAGUAAAGCAAAAUCAAGAAAGUUGAGAAACCCCAGCAAAUUUCUUGCAUUCAAGAUAAAAGAGCGGGUUGGACCAUUGAAUUCUAGGGUUUUUGGUUAAUCAAUGGCGAGUCCGAGUUCUCUUUCGGACAGAUUAGCAGUGAUUCCGAAGACUCCAGCAACUGUAAAAUUGACAACCCCAAAUUCUGUUUCGUCCCAGCUUUUGCGAACCCCAAUUUCUGGUUCGUCUAAACUUCUGAAAACCCCUUUAAGCGAUGAAGCCAUAUGGAAAAAACUCAAAGAAGCGGGCUUCGAUGAAGAGUCCAUCAAACGCAGAGACAAGGCUGCUCUCAUCGCCUAUAUUGCUAAACUCGAAGCCGAGCUAUAUGACCAUCAGCAUCACAUGGGCCUUCUCAUUCUGGAAAAGAAGGAGUGGGUUUCCAGUUACGAACAAGCUCAAACUGCUGCUGAAUCUGCUGAGUUGAAGUUUAAGCGCGAACAGGCUGCUCAUGCAUCUGAUUUGGCAGAUGCCAGGAAGCGAGAAGAUAGUCUGAAAAAGGCUGUUGGAAUUGAGAAAGAAUGUGUUAAAAAUAUUGAAAAGUCAUUGCAUGAGAUGCGUGCAGAAUUGGCUGAGGCAAAGGUUGCAGCAGAGACUAAACUGGCUGAGGCACGGAAUAUGAUGGAGAAUGCUCAGAAAAAGUUCAUGGAGGCAGAGGAAAAACUUCAUGCAGCAGAAUCUUUGGAAGCCGAGGCUAGCCGGUUCCACCGAAAUGCAGAAAGAAGGUUGCGAGAAGUUGAAGAUAGGGAAGAUGAUUUAAGGAGGAGGAUAAUGUCAUUCAAAUCAGAAUGUGAUGAUAAAGAGAAAGAGAUCCAGAUUGAGAGGCAAUCUCUGAUUGAAAGGCAAAAAAUGCAGCAGCAAUUGCAAGAAAGAUUACAUGAUGGACAAGCUUUGCUAAAUCAGAGGGAAGAAUACAUUUUUAAUAGAUCUCAAGAGUUAAAGAGGUUUGAGAAGGAGUUGGAGGACAUAAAGCUCAGCUUGGAGAAAGAGAAAGAAGCCCUUAAUGAGAAAAAGCAAACUCUUAAUCUAGAAGCAAUGUCUUUGUCAGCAAGAGAGGAGGCUGCCAUCAGAAGAGAACACGACCUUCUCAAGAAAGAGGAAGAACUGCUCAUUUCACAAGAAAAAUUUGCGAGUAAAAAAUAUGAUAAUAUUCAUCAAGAAAUGGCUAAUCAAGAAGCUACAUUGACAAUGAUGAAGUCUUCAUUUGAGGUGGAAUUGGAAGCAAAACGUAAAUUGUUGGAUGAAGAACUUGACACCAAGAGGCGGGGUUGGGAGUUGAGAGAACUAGAUAUCAGGCAGCGGGAGGAUUACAUUGCUGAAAGAGAGCGGGACUUGGAAUUCGAGUCUAGACAUUUUGUAGAAAGGGAGAAGGAGCUGGAAGAGAAGUUUUGUUCAAUUGGGGAGAAAGAGAAGAGUCUUCUAGCAGCUGAAGAAGAGGUAGAAUUGAAGAGGAACCUUUUAAAGCAAGAGAAAGAAGAGAUAACGAGGAUAAAGCUUGACCUACAAAAAUCUUUGGAUUUGUUGGAGGAAAAGAGAAGGCACAUUAGUGAUACAGAAGAGACAGUGGAGGCAAUGAAGAAUGAAACAAAUGAGCUAAUGGAUCUUGAGUUGAGACUUAAGGAAGAGAUUGAUAUGAUCAGUGCGCAGAAGCAGGAACUUGAGGCUGAGGCAGAUCAGUUGAAAGCAGAGAAGGCAAAGUUUGAAACAGAGUGGGAGCUGAUUGAUGUGAAAAGAGAAGAGUUACAAAAAGAGGCAGAGCAUAUUGCAGAGGAGAGGUUAACUGUUUCUAAGUUUCUGAAGGAUGAACGUGAUAGCUUGAACGCGGAGAAGGAUUCAUUCAGAAACCAAUAUAAACAGGAUCUUGAGUCAUUUUCCCGUGAUCGAGAAGCAUUCAUGAGUGAACUUGAGCGUGAACGUACAGAGUGGUUCAGCAAGAUUCAGAAAGAACGUACAGAUUUCUUGCUAGAUGUAGAGAUGCAGAAAAAAGAGUUGGAGAAUGGUAUAGAUAAGAGACGUGAAGAAAUUGAGAAUGACCUCAAAGAUAGAGAGAAGGCAUUUGAGGAAGACAAAAAGAAAGAACUUCAGUAUAUUACUUCUCUCAGGGAAACAGUGGGAAAGGAAUUAGAACAUGUUAACUCUGAAAUUAAAAGACUUGAUGCUGAGAGAAGAGAGAUAAAUUUUGAUCGUGAAAGGAGAGACCAGGAAUGGAAGGAGCUUAAUAAUUCAAUUGAAGAACUUAAAGUACAAAGGGAGAAAUUGGAGAAACAACGGGAAUUAUUGCGUGCUGAUCGAGAGGAGAUUCUUGUUCAAAUUGAGAACUUGAAGAAAUUGGAGGAUCUAAAAGAUGAAUUAGAUCGUAUUAUUGCACAUGAGAUACAACAAUCUCGUUUGCAAUCAGACAGACAGAAGCAAACAGAAAAGAAAGUUUUGAGGCUGCACAAUGAAGUUAUUGUAGGUGAAAAUGGAAAUGUUGGGCAUAAUGUUCCUCGUACAACAGAGUCAUAUCAGUCAUCUUCACCUCUCGCUGCUCCUCUUUCGUGGCUCAAAAGGUGUGCUGAUACACUGCUCGAGCAAAGACAAAGUAAUAAAAAGAGGAGGCAUGAAAAAGAUUCAACAGCACAACCUGGACUGGAAGAGACCAUUCCGUGGUACCCUUAUUUGCUGAACUUAGUUCUUCACAGCUUUUGCCAGUGGAGAACUCAGAUGCAUCCAAGAUCGAGCAAUCUGUUACGUCUUUUAAUCAGAUUCCCGUCAUUGCUGAGGAGACCACUGUGUAUAUAGAUAAAAUCAUCAAAAUCCGAGAAUUAACUACAGCUGGUGUUGAGAGAGUUGCUGGCAGCAACAAGGAAACUAUAUCACAAGAGAGUGAUGAAAAGCUUGAUGGCUUAAAAUUAGAAACAAAUGGGACAUUUGGGGAGAUAAUUUGAAGGAACAAGGCUGUAUUUCUUGCAUUCUCAUGACAACUGGGGGAUAGUUGAGGUGUGUUAUACGUACAGUUGAAAUCAGCGAUAUAGAUUAAUGACGCUCUAUAGCUGUGGACAGUAACUUGUUUUGAAGAGGUUCUAGCUGUUUAAGUUUUCAAGCAAACCUCUAGAAGUCUGUUUGCAUUGACUUCCCUUUGUAGUGUGUCAAUUAGAAACCUUGUUUUAUGUGAUGUGUUAAUGGUAAGAUGAGGUAGUUUGUUAGAUGGAAGAACUCCAUUUUUCUGGUCUUUGUUUUUAUAUUUGUGUAUUGUGCGUGUCAUGAGUGAAUAUAUGUGCUUUCCAUGUUUUCUUUAGCUUCACAUUUCACAAUGAUAUAGGAAUAUAUGAUUUUUCUAUG